CUUUUCAUUUCCAUAGCAACGGGCAUUGAACAACAUAUUUGUCUCUGAAAUCAAACCAAAUUCAAGUUUGCUGUGCAAAUAUCACCACUUAAAAUUGAAAUUGUGCUCUUUCGCAGGAUCUGCAUGCGAUUGAGCAAAAUGUUCUCGAAGACAGUGGGUGGCAGUCAACAGCAGGAAGCUGGUGCCAUGAUCACAAGCGAUGCAGUGGUGGCUGGCAAGUCAAGUGUAGGCAUGCCUUACUACAUACAGCCACACUCCUUGCCCCAGGUGGAUCAUUAUUCUUUACCGACUCGAGCUGAGUUGUCCAAGAAGAUUCAGAACCAUCGGGGAGUGGACAUCACAAAUAAAAGUGAUGCAGUUGUGACUGGCAAGUCAUGUGUGGGAGCAUCUCAGAUGGAUUCCCGGCCAGAAUCAACUCAAGCCGAGUUGUGCGAGAAGAUACGACAACAUUGGGGAGUGGUUGAUACAAAUAAAAGCGAUGCCAUGGUGGCUGGCAAGUUGAGUGUAGGCAUUCCUUACUAUGUACAGCCACACUCAUUGCCCCAGGUGGAUCAUCAACCAGAAACAACCCAAGCCGAUUAUUCCGAGAAGAUACAACCACCUGGAGGAGUUGGUGACACAAAGAAAAGCGAUGCCGUGGUGGCUGGUAAGUUGAGUGUAGGCAUUCCUUACUAUGUACAGCCACACUCAUUGCCCCAGGUGGAUCAUCAACCAGAACCAACCCAAGCCGAUUAUUCCGAGAAGAUACAACCACCUGGAGGAGUUGGUGACACAAAGAAAAGCGAUUCAGUGGUAUCUGGCAAGUUGAGUGUGGGCACACCUUACUACGUUCAGCCACACUCCUUGCCCCAGGUGAUUCCUCAAACCGAACCGACUCAAGCCGAUUUGCUCGAAAGGAUAAAACAAUAUCGAAGGGUUGCUGACACAAAGAAAAGUGAUGCAGUGGUGACUGGCAAGUUGAGCGUGGGUAAACCUUCAUAUGUACAGCCACCCUCCUCGUCUCUGAUGGACCCUCAAGCCGAUUUGGCCAAGAAGAUACAACAGCUUCGGGGAGUGGACGUUACUAAGAAAAGUGAUGCAGUGGUACCUCAGGUAGACGUUCAGGCCGAAUUGCCUCGUGCUACGAUGCCCAAGCAGAGACAACCACUACCGAAAGACACACAUCGUGGCACACCUGGGGGUCGCGGCGAGAGGUGCCUUGCUGCGAGGACUGCGCCCGGCCGGUCGCGCCCCCGGGAGCCCCAGCUGUCCCCGCCUGGGAGGCCCGGGAGAUCCAGGCAGGUGCCCAUGGUGACCAUGCACCGGCCCAUCAUCUCCGUCACGCUCAGCAGCUUCUUCCUGUAGCAUGCCCUCGUCUACUACCUCUCUCACAUUCUCAUCAACUUAUCAAAAUGAAAAUUUAGUUUUUAGCAAAUGCAUUUUUAAUUCCUAAAAAAAAUAAAUGUUUCAUGACAAAGCUAAA